CUGGUGCUACUCGUGUCUUGGGACCAAAAUGUUAUUAACUUAAAAACGAGUACACACUUGCAUCUGCAUUCAAAGGAAGAAAAAGGUCAUAAGAUCCCAAAUGCAAGCCCAACUUUGGUUUGUCACCUGUGGAAUCAAAAUAUGAUCUAAGAUGUUAUUAGCCAAAAAGGAGUAGAAGUUUCUUCUGGAGUCAAGGAGGCAACAAAGAUAUCUUUAUGAUCCCACAUACUACAACCCAAUGGGAUCAGAGUUGACUGCGAUGGAGGUGUUCCAACAGGAAAUGGGUUUGGACCUCAUCCACAUGCAGCAUCAGCACUGGUGCACCCCAAGGUUGUGUCCUCUCUCCACUGCUCUUCUCUCUCCACACAAACGACUGCACCUCAACGCACCCGGCUGUCAAACUCCUGAAGUUUGCAGAUGACACCGCCGUCAUCGGCCUCAUCAAGGACGGUGACGAGUCUGUGUAUCGACAGGAAGGGGAGCGGCUGGAGCUGCGGUGCGGCCGACACAACCUGUAGAAAUGGUGGUGGACUUCAGGAGGCAUCCUUCGCCAUAGCUGCCCCUCACGCUGUCCAGCUGCCUUGUGUCAACCGUCGAGACCUUCAAGUUCCUGGGAAUUACAGUCUCUCAGGACCUGAAGUGGGCGAUCAACUCGGUCCUCAAAAAGGCCCAGCAGAGGAUGUACUUCCUGCGGCUUCUGAGAAAGCACGGCCUGCCACGGGAGCUGCUGAGGCAGUUCUACACAGCGGUCAUCGAAUCAGUCCUGUGUUCUUCCAUCACAGUCUGGUUUGGUGCUGCUACAAAAAAGGACAAACUCCGACUGCAACGGACAAUCAAAACUGCUGAAAGGAUUGUCGGUACUCCCCUACCCACCCUCGAGGACUUGCACGCUGCCAGAACCCUCCGCACCCCGGUCACCAGCUCUUCCAGCUCCUUCCCUCAGCUCCACUCGGACAUGGACAAGGGCGAUGGCAAGGUGAAGUACGUGCUGUCGGGCGAGGGCGCCACCUCCAUCUUCACCAUCGACGAGAACACGGGCGACAUCCACGCCACCAAGCGGCUGGAUCGGGAAGCGCAGCCCUACUACACGCUGCAGGCCCAAGCCGUGGACCGACUCAGCAACCUGCCUGUCGAGCCCCGCUCUGAGUUUGUGGUCAAAGUCCAGGACAUCAACGAUAACGAGCCCAAGUUCCUCGAUGGGCCCUACUUUGCUGGAGUGCCUGAGAUGUCACCCCUAGGAACCAUGGUGGCGCAAGUGGUGGCCACGGACGCCGACGACCCCACGUACGGGAACAGCGCCAGGGUGGUAUACAGCAUCGUGCACGGGCAACCCUACUUCUCCGUGGAGCCCAAGACAGGUGUCAUCAGGACAGCUUUGCCCAACAUGGACCGCGAGACCAGGGACCAGUACGUGCUGGUCAUCCAGGCCAAGGACAUGGUGGGCCAGAUGGGCGGGCUGUCCGGCACCACGUCCGUCACCGUCACGCUCACCGACGUCAACGACAACCCGCCUCGCUUCCCUCACAAGGUCAACCAGUACACCGUCCUGGAGUCGCUUCCCGUGCAGUCGGCGGUGGCCCGGAUCAAGGCGGCCGACGCCGACGUGGGCCCCAACGCCGAGAUGGACUACAGGAUCGUGGACGGGGACGGGCCCGGCGUCUUCAACAUCACCACUGACGAGAACACGCAGGAGGGCGUCCUUCUCCUUUUAAAGCCUCUGGACUUUGAAACCAAGAGCAGCUUCUCACUGCGCGUGGAGGCCACCAACAGGAACAUCGACUCCAACUUCCUGAACUUGGGUCCGUUCAGCGACACCACGUCGCUCAAGGUGACCGUGCAGGACGUGGACGAGGCGCCCGUCUUCGCCGCGCCCUUCAGCAGGAUGUCCGUCUCGGAGGACGCCCGCGUGGGCGCGUCCAUCGGGAGGGUGUCUGCGCACGACCCGGACACCUCCAACAACGGCAUCAGGUACUCCAUCGACCGCAACACGGACAUGGAGCGCUUCUUCAACGUGGACGCGCUGAGCGGCGUCAUCAGCACGGCCAAACCUCUGGACCGCGAGGCCAACUCCGUGCACAACCUCACCAUCCUGGCCAUCGAGAGCCAGGAUCCGAACCAAAUCGGCAAAGGCGUGGCCAUCAUCACCGUGCUGGACGUAAACGACAACGCGCCCGUCUUCGCCAUCGACUACGAGACCCUCCUCUGUGAAAACGCCAUGCCGGGCACGGUGAUCCAGACGGUCAGCGGCGUGGACAAGGACGAGCCUCAGAGCGGUCACCGCUUCUACUUCACCUUGGAUGCCGCCGUUGCCGGAAACCUCAACUUCACCCUGCGGGAUAACAAAGAUAACACGGCGUCCAUUCUAACCAAGCGUGGCGGCUUCCAGAGGCGAGAGCAGCCCAUGUACCGGCUGCCCGUGCUGAUCGUGGACAGCGGCAGCCCGGCCCAGAGCAGCACCAACACGCUGUCGGUGCGCGUGUGCGAGUGCGACGCCGACGCCGUGCCGCUGUCGUGCGGCGCCGUGGCCUACACGGCCACCGGCCUGAGCACCGGCGCCCUCUUGGCUAUUUUGGGCUGCAUCCUCACGCUGCUGGUGAUGGUCCUUCUCAUCGUGACCGUGCGUCGACGGAGGAAGGUUCCGCUCAUCCUGGAGGAGGAGCGGGACAUCCGGGAGAACAUCGUCCGCUACGACGACGAGGGCGGAGGCGAGGAGGACACGGAGGCCUUCGACAUGGUCGCCCUGCGCAACCUCAACGUCAUCCGAGAUCCCGGCGCGCGGCGGGACGUCACGCCGGACACACCGACCUUCUUCCAGUACUCGUCGGCGACGGCGGCGACUCGUCCGGCUUACAAGUCGCUCCCCGACAACGUGGUGUUCCGCGAGUUCAUCUGGGAGCGGCUCAAGGACGCCGACGUGGAUCCCUCCGCCCCGCCUUACGACUCGCUGCAGACGUACGCCUUCGAGGGCAGCGGGUCGGUGGCCGACUCGCUCAGCUCGCUGGAGUCGCUCAGCACCGACUCGGACCAGAACUACGACUACCUCAGCAACUGGGGACCGCGCUUCAAGAAGCUGGCCGACCUGUACGGCAACGCAGACGGUGCGGGAGCGGGGGGCGGAGGCGGCGCGGGCGGAGGCGGGGUCGUCUUCUCGUAGCCUUUGAACGUCGUCGUCGGGGGAGGAGGACACUGACGGACGGAUGAGAGAUUUAUUGUGAGACGAUUUAGUCUGGGAGAGAUUCAAAGACAAGACGCGGGAAGUCGAGCGAAAGACUCUUCAAAAAGCUUUGGGUUUUGUUUACCUCCUGGGACGGAUCUGACUUCAAAUGUGUCGACUUUCAAGAUUUCUCUUUGGGCCUGCGGUGCAGACUCUGACUGCGCAAUGGGAAGCAGGUGGAGUGUUUCCACAUUGGCACGGGUUGUCAGUAACUGUCCUACCUGUGAUCCUUUGCGAUCUAAAAACAUGAAAGAUGUUCAAAAUCGGACCAAGUUUGUCUUCGGCAAAAGUUGAAUCGAGUCAACUGCACUCUUCAGUUGCCUCAAUUCAACUCGUGCGGAUCACCGUGACUUCGAUGACCAAGAAUCUAGACCCAGACAUACUUUACCCCCAAAAAGUUAGCAAUGUUCGGCUCGCAGGUGACAUUUACGGAUCAACCUCUGAUGCACUGUAACAUUUCCAGGGGAACCUAAUUUGACCUUCUCUUAACGUGAAUGCAAAUAUUCAACUGUUUGUUUGCACAACUUGCUGUUCUCUGACAAGGAGUCGAAGGCCAACAAUUCAACGGUUUUCUUUUUCUUUUUUGCAAAGAUGUCCACUUCGAUGCCUUUCUGUGACUCUUCCAGUCUCUCUGUAUGUCUGUCGCUACCUGCUGAUGAAACCCUGUGACACUCUACUGUUAAACUCAGUGGCCCCUUUUUUCAUCUGUCGAGAUUAUAGUGCAUUUUAGGUUGAUUCUGAAAUUUCACCAGGAAAGGCCAACAUUCGGAACUUUUUGUGAGUGGUGUCGUUUUGUCUAAUUUUUUUUUUUUAUCGGUGGUGGGUUGGGGGAGCACUAUGCUAAAGAAGUGAACCAAUCAAAAGAGUAACCGUUUGAUGUCUCACAACACGCGAUGUUGAAAUGUCGCAUUUGUCUACUUUUUUUUUUUUUUAAUUGUUCUGUUUAAAUUCAACCUCCCGCCAGAAGUAAAAACAAUCCUUUGCAGGGUCGAGUUGGGCGGGUGGGUUGUGU